GAACCCGUACGAUGUCUGGUCUGCUCUGAUAUCUCAUUUUCGAUUCCAUAUAUGUAUUGUUUGCAUAUUCGAUUGUAUCCGUCUGCUAUGGUUCAACGAGUAGAUGGCGCUUAUCAGCUAGAUAGUGUUAAAGUUUUAUACAUUUUUAUAUUGACUGAAGUUUAUAAAGCCUCUCGUUCAAGUUCAUUUUCUUUGUUUCGCAUUUUUAUAGUCGUUCGCAAGGCAUUAAAGUACGUAUACGUAGCUUAAACGAAUAUGUAUUUCGAUAAGGGUGUCCUUUAAGGUGAUUAACUAAUUCAAUUUAGCAUCGAAUUGCAUAAUAUUUGAUACAAGACAUUUCUUUCUUCGUUUAAAUAUCACGAUGUGUCAGACAGACUGAAGCGUUCUACUCGUAAAAUUAACAGUAAUUGAGCGUAUAGUAACGAGUUUAACCUGAAAUCCCGGCAAGACCACGAACUUUCUAACAUAAUUUUUCUUUUAAGAAGAUGACUGCUUAUAGGAUCUUUAGGUUCAUGCAGCACAUCAGAAGGAACUCGUACAAAUGUUGUUCAGAUGUGCACACGAAUGGGUCUAUGAGAGUGACGAUAAGUCAGAGAUUAUUAAGGAGAUACAGCUCAAAUGCGACAGAACGUAAAGCACAUUCCUGGUAUUCCUUUGUGAAAUGGGAAUGGAGCAUACCUAUCGGAGUAAAAUGUUCUUAUUACCUGCCACUUCGGAUAAUAAGUAGAGUAUGGGGUUGGUUAGCUAGUUUGGAGUUACCGGUCGUUCUAAGGCCAACUUUGUACGGAUUUUAUGCAAAAACUUUUCAUGCUAAUCUAGAUGAAAUUGAUGUAGAUCUCUCGGACUUUCCAAGUCUUGUUGAUUUCUUUGUUAGACCGCUCAAAAGCGGUGCAAGGCCCAUCGACCAUAAAACGAGCAUUGUAUCACCCUCUGACGGAAGAGUGUUACAUUUCGGUCCUGUGACAGGCUGUCGAGUGGAACAAGUCAAAGGUGUGACCUACAAUCUCAGACAUUUUUUGGGCGACAUUGGCGCGUUAUCCUCCGAUCAGCCCUUAAAGUACGCGUCGGAGGACGACGACGCUUACGUGAAAUCGCUUCUGAAAAACCCGAAGAAUCAGCUUUAUCAAUUAAUAGUUUACCUAGCUCCAGGAGACUACCAUAGAUUUCACAGUUCAACCGAUUGGGAGAUCGAGUACCGUAGGCAUUUUCAAGGAAAAUUGUUGAGCGUCAAUCCAAAAGUGGCACAAUAUUUGCCGGACCUAUUUUCGUUGAACGAACGCGUGGUUUACGUCGGCAAAUGGGCCGGUGGUUUCAUGGCGUACACCGCGGUGGGAGCGACGAACGUCGGCUCCAUAAAAGUUUAUUGUGAUAGAGGACUGCAAACGAACACGAUCAUGUGGCCGGAGUCGAAGCAUUGGAACGACGCUAGCUUAGGGUGUGCGCGUAUCGGUAAGGGGGAGCUGUUCGGGGAGUUUCGAAUGGGGUCCACCGUUGUGUUGUUGUUCGAGGCGCCGAAGGAUUUGACGUUCUGCAUCGAGUCCGGCCAAACGAUAAAGAUGGGCCAGGCGGUGACUCGGUGUAUGGUCGGCACCGAGGAGAAGCAAUCGCGUUCGUUAUGACAAAUAAUAGAUCUCGACACUCUGGACUGGAACCACGUUUGUAGAACAGACACCUAAUUGUUAUUUAAACUGUCCCGCUGAUCUCAUUCGAUAGUGAUAAUCUCCAUUAAAAGACUUUCGUUGGCAUCGUUGUUACGGUUAAGAAUUAAAGAAUUCUGUUUGGAACCGAAAAUAAAAUUAGAAUUCUUUAAAGGGUUUAUAGACAUUAUGAAUCUAACGAAGGAAAACACCGAUUUCUUAGGUAGCCAUCGUACGUCACAGGCUCUCGACGUACGCUCAGAAUUUUAUUUUUAUCAUGAUGGAUGUAUGUAUAUAUUUAUAAAUAAACGGUGGCUCGGAAAAAAGCGGCACUUCGCAAUGCGACGAACACAAUUGCCGAACUGUAAUCUCACGUUCCCACGAGGCAUUAAACUGUUGUUUUAAGCUACUUAUUGUCACUCGUAGCACCGUUACCAUGAUUCAAUGUUGUGAUACUUCGAAAAAAAAAACAAUACGUUGUUAAGCAAAACGAUAACUGUACUGUGUAUUUGAAAUAUGUGUAUAUAGAGACACCUCUCUUUCGAACUUUGCUAAGACAAUUUUAUAUACGGAUCGGAGAAUAUACGAUGAAGAAAAGGCUAAAUAAAAAUUGUAUUUGUGCAAUAAA